CCCCCCCUCCCUAUACCCUCUCUCCUCUCUCUCUCUCGCCUUUAACACCUAGCCCGCUUUCAGUCCAGGUGGCAGAGCGCACAUCGGCCGAGGGAUGCAGACUCUCAUCUCCAACAACACACGGAUAGCGGAGCUGGGAACAGCCGCCGACAGCCACGGCUCCGUUAGCUAAAGAAGGCAAACAGCUCUGCAUUUGCGUGGACUCUAAAAAAAAGGAUACAUUUGUUCUCAAUUCUUCUUCUCCCUUUUUUUCUUAAACCCAAGCGAGCAAAUCAAGCUGUGUUCAAUGCGCAACCAUGCUCAUCAUCUCAUCUCGCAGUGCGCUGCUGUCCGUCUACUACCCACAGAUCUUCCUCAUCCUCACCAGCGGUAGCUACCUGGCGUUGUCUUCUGUGGUAGCUCUGGGUGCCAACAUCAUCUGCAACAAGAUACCUGGACUGGCCCCACGUCAGAGAGCCCUCUGUCAGAGUCGCCCCGAUGCCAUCAUCGUCAUUGGUGAAGGUGCCCAGCUGGGCAUCAACGAGUGUCAGUACCAGUUCCGCUACGGCCGGUGGAACUGCUCAGCCCUGGGAGAGAGGACCGUGUUUGGACAAGAGCUGAGAGUAGGCAGCAGGGAAGCAGCGUUCACUUAUGCCAUCACGGCUGCUGGAGUUGCCCACGCAGUAACUGCAGCGUGUAGCCAAGGCAAUCUGAGCCAGUGUGGUUGUGACCAGGACAAGCAGGGCUACAAUGACCAGGAGGAGGGCUGGAAAUGGGGAGGCUGCUCAGCUGAUGUCAAAUACGGCGUGGAGUUUUCGCGGCGUUUCAUGGACGCUCGCGAGAUCAAGAAAAACGCCCGGAGGCUGAUGAACCUGCACAACAAUGAGGCAGGGCGAAAGAUCCUGGAGGAGAGAAUGAAGCUAGAGUGCAAGUGUCAUGGUGUAUCUGGUUCCUGUACUACUAAGACCUGUUGGAUCACCCUGCCAAAUUUCAGAGAGAUCGGAAACCUGCUGAAGGAACGCUACAGCGAUGCAGUUCAAGUAGAGCCAGUUCGAGCCACGCGGCUUCGCCAACCCUCCUUCCUGCGUCUCAAACAGGCUCGAGGCUACCAAAAGCCCACAGACACAGACCUGGUGUACCUGGAGCGCUCUCCCAACUAUUGCGAAGAGGACAGGGCCACAGGAAGCACAGGGACAAGAGGAAGACUGUGCAACGGCACCUCGAGCCUCGCAGACGGCUGUAACGUGAUGUGUUGUGGUCGGGGUCACAACACACACCACUACACGCGAGUCUGGCAGUGCAACUGCAAGUUCCACUGGUGCUGUUUCGUCAAGUGCAACACAUGCAGUGAGAAAUCAGAGGUUUUUACUUGCAAGUGAGGAAACGAUGAGGCAGGGUACAGAGAAAGGAAGGGAAAAGGGACAAGGGUACGAAGGGAAGGGAAUAUGAGAAGCUGGAAUUGGAAGUGAAGAAUUUUGGAGGUAUUUAUUACAUUUUGCACAUUCUGACAUCCCAUCUGGAAUGGAAAACAACGUGGAAUUUGUUUGGGAGCAACAGACAUAAAUAUUUAAGACACGUAACUGCUUGCAUGCUAGAGUAAAAGUGACAUGACAGUGAAAGGAUUUUUAAGAUAAUAUCAGUGAGGUAUCCUACAGAUGUUCUACAGAAGAAGAGAAAGGCGACUGUUGGAUCUUGGAAAACGUCUGGAACACGCUAACUGGAAAUACUAUGAAGUAAGAUUGCAGCGGAAUGCGUUCAGCUCUACACUGUAUUCGGUUUGAACACUGAAAAUGAAUUAUUUAUGUCAAAAUAUUUUUCACACUUAGAGGAUGAUUAGCAAAUUCACGUGCUCUGGCAUUUUUUUUCGGGCAGGCCACAAUGGUUUUUUUCAUAUGGAAGCUCAAUUACAGCAACUAAACAGCAAAAAUAAUCUUUUUCCAUUUUUUCCUCCCAUAAAGGGCAAAUUACUAGUGCUUUAUUCUUUUUUGCACUCACGUGGUUAUGUUUUCUUUUUUUAUGUCAUGAGACAUUGGUUACUUUGGGGAGCUGUUGGGUCAUGGACAUACACUCACCGCCGAUGCUUUCCUAUGCCAAGAACCAAAGAGGCAGAAAAAUACACAUGAAGUACUUUUAAGCACCGUACUUGUCAGUUUGAACGGCACCUCGUCUUGACUGUGUUCACUGUUUUGUUUUUGGAAGGCUCUUGACUUCUGUGAAAACCAUGUAAGCCUCAUUGGAACUCUAUAGAGGUGCAAUCAGGUUCAGAUACAUCCAGCAUUCCCAUGAACGGCAGAGACGUGGAAUUCCACAUUCAUGGUCUGUGCUUACACAAGGCCUUCCAGCGCGGUUUAGGCCUGCCUGGAUGGAUGGCAUGUACCCCAACCACACGGAAGAGGGUAUGUGAGGAUCAAAGGCCUCAAAGCUAUUUUUGGACAGAACCCUUAAUGUAUUCAGAAAUGUUUAUUUAGGCUUUAUAUAACUUACAAAACAUUUUGAAGAGUAUAUUUUUAUAUGAGGAACGUGGCACUUUAUGUCAUUUAAGGUGGAAAGAAAGUCACUAUUUAGGAGUGCUUUCUGACAUCAUUGUAUACA